GAUGACUACAAGUCCCAAAGUUCCUUGCGGCCGGCCGCCCAAUCGCGGCCCGUCUUCGGCUUCUUUUGCGCAGGCGCGGCAGCCGGCGCGGCUGCCCUUCGCCAAGAUGGCGGACGACAGUGAUACAGCAGUGAGGCGGCCGUCAGGGGAGGAGGAGAACGACCAGCAGCACUGCAGCGACUGCGAGAAUGAGGACGAGCACAACUGCAACCGAGGUGGCUUAAGCCCAGCUGAUGACAGUGGGGGGAAAAAGAAGAAAAAGAAACAGAAGCGGAAGAAGGAAAAGUCGGAUCAAGUUGAUUCAGCCCAAGAUCAGACAGUAAAGGUGACCUUGCCGGCAGAAAGAAUGCAGGAGAUUCAAAAGGCCAUUGAGCUGUUCUCCGUAGGACAAGGACCUGCCAAGACAAUGGAAGAAGCCACCAAACGCAGCUAUCAGUUCUGGGACACACAGCCAGUUCCCAAAUUAGGAGAAGUAGUGAACACUCACGGACCUGUUGAACCAGACAAGGACAACAUCCGCCAGGAGCCCUACACUUUGCCUCAGGGUUUUAUGUGGGAUGCUCUGGACUUGGGGGAUCGAGGUGUGCUCAAAGAGCUGUACACUCUCCUGAAUGAGAACUACGUGGAAGAUGAUGACAACAUGUUCCGGUUUGAUUAUUCACCAGAGUUCCUCCUGUGGGCUUUGCGUCCUCCAGGCUGGCUGCCCCAGUGGCACUGUGGUGUGAGAGUCAUUUCCAGCAAGAAGCUGGUUGGCUUCAUCAGUGCUAUCCCGGCUGCUAUACACAUAUAUGACACGGAAAAGAAGAUGGUAGAAAUAAACUUCCUUUGUGUGCACAAGAAACUGCGUUCCAAGCGGGUGGCCCCUGUGCUGAUCCGGGAGAUCACCCGACGGGUCCACUUGGAGGGGAUUUUCCAGGCUGUUUACACUGCCGGUGUGGUACUGCCAAAGCCUGUUGGUACCUGUAGGUACUGGCACCGGUCCCUGAAUCCACGCAAGCUGAUUGAAGUAAAGUUUUCCCACCUGAGCAGGAACAUGACUAUGCAACGCACCAUGAAGCUCUAUCGGCUUCCGGAGACUCCAAAGACCCCAGGGCUGCGGCCGAUGGAGCAGAGAGACAUCCCUGCUGUGCACAAACUUCUGGCUGAGUAUCUGAAGCUCUUCAACUUGACCCCUGUCAUGAAUGAGGAGGAGGUGGAGCACUGGUUUCUACCCCAGCCCAACAUCAUAGACACAUUUGUAGUUGAGAACACCGAUGGGGAGGUGACCGACUUCCUGAGUUUCUACACCCUGCCCUCCACUAUUAUGAAUCACCCAACCCACAAGAGCUUGAAGGCGGCCUAUUCAUUCUACAAUGUCCACACCAAGACACCACUUCUCGACCUCAUGAACGAUGCCCUUAUAUUGGCCAAGAUGAGGGGCUUCGAUGUUUUCAAUGCACUGGAUCUCAUGGAGAACAAGACCUUCCUGGAGAAGCUGAAAUUCGGGAUUGGAGAUGGAAAUCUGCAGUAUUAUCUCUACAAUUGGAAAUGCCCCAGCAUGGGGCCAGAGAAGGUUGGCUUGGUGCUGCAGUAACCAGUAAUCUCUGGAGAAGUGCUGGCAAAGCCGCUGAAACGGGCUAGAGUGGAACUGCUGGCCGUUGCCGUUCAGAUGUCUAUGGAAGUGCAACCCUCCCGCGGAGGAGCUGGCGCCCCCCUACACUGGCCAUGCGGACCGUCCACUGACACUUCUGAUGAUUGUACCAUGCGCCUCGGAGUGCGCCGACAUGUUAGCAUCAGCACUUGGCCUCCUCUCCCCCCCCCCCCGCCCCGUACAACCACGAUCAAGGGAAUGUAACUGCUGAAAAACUAGCUCACAAUUGGCAUAUAUUGGAGUUAACGGGUGAAUAAUAAUAAAAAAAUAUAUUAUAUAUUCUAUACUUUAACCAUGUUUGCUGUUCAGCGGAACUGGGACUGGAACCACGGGGUUGCUUAGCUUUCUGUUGUAGAAAUAGCGUUGAAAAUGGCCCAGAUUGCCCCACCCAUCACCAGCAAAAUUAGUGUUGUGUGGUGCAUCCCAACACCCAGCCAUAUCCAGUGUUUCUCUUGUGACAUCCAAAGCACAAUUGAGCUUCAGUGUGAGUUUUCUCUGGUCUGGUUGCCCAAGGCUGGUGCUAGUUAAUGAUGUUGGGGUUUGUUUGUUUUUUAAAGCCAAUUUUCUGCCUUGUGCAUGCAGCAAAGGGCUAACGUGCUUAAUACUCCUUUCAGCUUUUCUUUUGGAAAGAAAUAAAGGGCUAAUUUAGUGACUUACGGAGCUGUCGCAGAGCUGAACUCUUGUGGGAUGAUGUAUGUAGCUGUCCCAUCUCUCCUGUCCUGGACUUGUGCUAAGGUUUGUCGCUGCAACACUUGACUCUCCAAACUGUUAACAGCCUGUGCCUUUUGGCUCUUAAAAUCCAUGUUGGCCAUGCCUUGCUUUAUGGGAGCAGUUCUUCAUUUCCCCCCUCCAAGAGAUGGGAGUUAUUUGGGGCUUGCAAUGUCUUGAAACUACAGCUCUACCCCAUCUGUGUUUUCCUACAACAGAAUCGAACGCGCUGCCCGUUUUUCGACCUUUCCUGAGCUGCAGCGUCUCCCUUCUGCUUAAGUCAACUAACAGUUCGCUUGUACUGCCCAGCCCUGAAAAGAACAUUUUUGUGCUCCCUUCUGUGAGAAUCUGCUGAUAUUAUGAGAAACUUUCCUGGCAGUUGUGCCUGUUGCCUGUCCGCAUAAACCCAUGAGAAUUUCAUUCAAGCUACCAUGGGAAUGGCUAUCUGUAACUUUGCCAAUGAAUACUUGCAACGGGAGACAGACCAUAUUAUGUUGCUGGUGUAUCUGUUGCAGCAAGGUUAUUUUACUUCCUGAAGUUGGGAAGAUCAGGCCUUCAUUCGAGGGCUUCUACUCAGUGACCUCUUUCAAGGAAGAGGCUUUCCAGUUUCCCAGUGAAAAUGUGACCCAACACUAAGCAGAUAUGUCUUCCUACACCCACCCUUGCUGCCCGUCUUCCAAAAUCAGCGGAUUUGCUAUCUGUGCAGUGAACAAGAUGGAUGGGCCUUGUCUUACAGAGGGCUCUCCCAAGUUGCCAUGGUGGGAAACACCAUCAGGGAAAUGGGCUUUUCAAAAGGUCUUCUCCAUAUCUGGAAGGCGUUGGAAGUCAUUGCUGGAAAACAAGGAUGGCUGAAAAGGAAGCAGGGACCGUGAAGAAGAGCAGGAGGGAGGAAUUGGCCUCCCAUAAAUUAAAGAGGUGCCACUUGGAUCUGUGAAAACCCAUCAGUGACGUUUGUGGUGGGAGACAGCCACUAUUCAAGUUCUGAGCUGAGAUCCUAGGAAGGGUGUACCUGUAUCGUAGCCAAGUCAGUGGCUUUUAUGUUGUUGUU